UAGUUUCACCUUUGUUUGUUUCUCUCUCUUCUGUAUUUGAGUUUGACCUGUUGCCACCUACCGGCAGCCCCCUCUCUCUCUCUCUUCCUCUUCUUUUAGUCCCCCUUUAUUUACCUUUCCCCUUUCCUUCUCCCUUUUCUCUCUUCUUCUUCUCUGUGUUUUCCUUUCAUAUUAGAACUGAACAAGGAGAAGAAGAAGAAAAAGAAAGAUCUUUAAUGGUUAUUUCUUGAUUUUCUCUCUCUAGCUUUGUUUGAUUUAGUAAUGGAUUCUGGUAACAGUGGAAGCUUACAAUCCUCAAGUGGCGGCGAUGAAGAUUACGAUUCCAGAACCGAAUCAAUCUCUUCCUUUUUGAACCCAUCUUUUCACUUUCCCCAAAUCUCUUCAUCAUCAAAUCAACCACCACCGCCGCCGCCGCAACACCCUCCUCCUCUUUCGCUCCACCCAAAUCAACCACAACAACUACCACCCACUUUCUUUGACCACAAUCCCAAUCCCUUUUCACACUCAUCUAACCCCAAUUCAUCAAACCCUAUCUACAAUCUCGAUCUUCCUCUAUGGCAUCAUCACCAAAGAUCUGACCACCCAAACUACACCAACGAUGCUAAUAAUAAUCCCCCUUCUGUUUUGUUACCAUCUUCCUCAAAUCAAUCUCUUAUCAGACCACCUCAAAGGCCAAAUCUUGGCGCCGGCGGCGGCUCCGGUCCCUCCUCCUCUGUGCCAUUACCAGACAACAACAACAACAACCAAGCAACUACUGUCAAAACAUCCAGGAAACGGACCAGAGCAUCUCGGCGAGCACCCACUACGGUUCUCACAACCGACACGUCAAAUUUCAGACAAAUGGUCCAAGAAUUUACAGGAAUUCCGGCGCCGCCGUUCUCCGCUACCGCUGUCUCACCCUACUCUCGCCGGUUUGAUAUCUUCAGUAGCGCACUUAGAUCGUCAUCAGGAGGACCUAUGGAAGCUCUUUCGCCUCUGUUUAACCAUCCAUUCCGUCCCUCUGCUCAGAAACCACAACACCCAUUAUCAAAUUCCAUUUCUGGACCAGCUUCGAGUACUUUCCAGAUAAAUCCAUCUGAUUUGGGUUUUUUAUCCAAGAAUCCAUUGAACCCACAAAACAAUUUCCCUCUUCAAACUCUGUUACAAGACCCUAAUUCUCUAAAAUACACACAAUCAACCACUUCAAGUCUAGGCGAACUCGGGUUGCCCCAUGAUCAUGUCUCCGGCAAUCUCGCCGCCUUUCCCGGCCUUGCACCGCCUGAGGAUCAGGGUCCGCAUUUGGGAUCUUAUGGCACAUCCGGAUACAACCACAACAACAACAACAAGGUGAACGGGUCGGAUUUUAACCCGGAGAAACGGCUGGAAAAUUCGGCGGCGCAGAGGAACGGAGGUACGGCGGAUCCAUGGGUUUGUUCUUCGGAUUAGCAAAAGAUUUUUACAUACAAUAUAUAAAUUAAUAUAUGCAUGCAUAUGUAAUUACACCAAUAUAAUAAGUAGGAAAUAUGAAUUAGCAAAACCAGAGAUCAUGUACGUGGAGAGAGAUCAUAUGUUCUUGGGCCAUUGAUAGAUGAUGAUGAUGAAGAUGAUGAUCGAGCUGCUGCAAUUUUUUUUUGUAGAUCGAAAUUAUUGGAUAUGAAUGAUCAUCACUUCAUUUAUCAUUAUGAUUUUACGAUCGAUGAUACAUGUAAAUUUUGCACCUUUUUUUUUUUUAAUUGUAUUCGUAACAUUGACUUAUUUUCUUACAUGUUCGUUGUUAAAAUGAUCAAAAACAUUCAGGGAU